CAUCAAUUUUAGCUUAACAAAUUACUAAUUUUAUUUAUUUAUUUUUUGGUUCCCAUUGUCUUUUGGGAUUUUGAUUCUCAGACAAUUAAAAGAAAAAAUAAUAAUAAUAAAUUGUGGUUGUGGUUUAUGUGGAAUGAUUCUAUGAACAGGUGAUGUUGUGAAAAUUUGUUGAAAAUAUUUUUCUUUAAAUUUUUGUGCCUGACAUUGUAAAUGCCUUUUUCUUAGACAGAAUUGAUAUGAGUGAUAAUUAAAGAAAAUGUUGGUACUGAGGAUUAAUUAUCCACUUUAAUAGAAAUGGGGUUGAUUUACUUUAGGUUUUUACCUCACAUUUGAUACCUUGAUGAUCUGUGAAGGUGAGUUGUUCGCAAACACAGCAGGAGUGGACUUUACACCCCAUGUCGUAACUGUAUACACAGGAGAGUUUCCUUCCAUGGCAUCCUUGCAUGGUGCUCUACCAAAUGUGGCAGCUCCAGCAGGCUUAUUGAGCACUUCCAGCCUCGGUACCCCUUCGACAUCAUGGAUGCCAUCUCAGUCAUCUUAUCCAUCAGCAAUGCCUGCCCAGGUUAUGGCAGAUUCGGCUGUCAAGAUGGUAAAAGUUGGUUGCCAAUAUAUCACAGUUCUAGGAGUUGAUUUUAUGUCAGAAAAUGUGCGGGCAAUCCUUUAUCAGGCUGGCUUCUUAGAGAUUGGUGGAGAAAGCUUGAGAAUUUAUAAGCGUGAGAUUCAAGAAAAUGUUUUGGAAAUUGUUGGCAUUUCCCCUGAGCAGGCUGAAGCAAAAUUUGGCUAUCUUAUGGAUGCUUUAGACAUGGGUGCUCCUCCCCAUGUUGUUGUUUAUAUCAUUGUCACUGUCAUAAUUCAUUUCAUUGGUGGGGACACAUUGCAGUAUUUUGAUGGAUAUGGAUACCAUGGAGCAUCACUUGAGCAAACAUAUCGAUGUUACCCUGCAUCUUUUAUUGAUAAGGUUGGAAAGCUUUCCUCAACAUGA